AUGGGCAACAAGCAGACGGUGUUCACACCCGAGCAACUUGAGGCAUACCAGGACUGCACAUUCUUCACCCAGAAGGAGAUCAUGAGACUCUUCUACCGCUACCAGGACCUGGCGCCCCAGCUCGUGCCCCUGGACUACACCAGCUGCCCAGCAGUGAAGGUGCCGUAUGAGCUCAUCGGCAGCAUGCCAGAGCUGAAGGACAACCCUUUCCGCGAGCGCAUCGUCCAGGUCUUCUCGGAGGACGGCGAUGGCCACAUGACGCUGGACAACUUCCUGGACAUGUUCUCGGUGAUGAGCGGGAUGGCUCCGCGCGACCUCAAGGCCUAUUACGCUUUCAGAAUUUACGAUUUUAACGAUGACAACUACAUCUGCGCCUGGGACCUGGAGCAAACGGUGACCAGGCUGACUCGGGGGGAGCUGAGUGCCGAGGAGAUCAGCCUGGUGUGUGAGAAGGUUCUAGAUGAGGCUGACAGCGACCACGAUGGGAGGCUGUCCCUGGAGGACUUCCAAAGCAUGAUCCUGCGGGCCCCCGACUUCCUCAGGUGACACUUCCACCUGUCCUGAUGAGGAUUGUCAUGGAAAGUCCUCUGCUGAUUCCCGUGUGAGCUUUCCUGGUCACCAUCCCUGAGUCUGACUAGUGGGGAUGAUUAGGAUCUCUAUGGGUGCCUCUUGUGGGUGAAAGCAUUUCUGUGGAUCUCAGUCUCAUUGCUUGGUCUUGAGUCUCAUUGGCUGGACAGUUUCAUGUGAAUAGCCUGUGCAACUGUACUGGCAGCCUGGGGGCUGAAUGAGAG